AUGGAGGCACGAUAUGAUGAGGACUUUGACACUGACUUUGACAAUAUCAUUGAGAACAAUGUAAACAUUCUCAAUAUUAUUGUGAGAGACAAUAAUGCCAAUGUUGACCACAAUGAACUGCAUGAUGAUCAUAAUGCUGUUGUUGUUGUUGGCAUUGAAAGUGAUGAUUCUGAUGAGGCAUUUGAAGACUGUGUGGAUGUUCACCAGUACAUCGCAGAAGAGGAUCCUCAGCCGGCUGUAUCCAGGAGGAGGUCUAGAGAGAUGGAUGAAGAAGAUGUGGAACCAAACAAAAGAAUCAGAUGGAGCGAGGAGUUUUCUGAUGAUGACUCUGAAUUCACCUCUGCUUGUGACACUGAUAGCGAGGGCUGUCCUCACGUUGGUAAUAUUGCUGAUGAGGACAUCAAUCAGCAGGUAACAGAAGAAGAACCGCUGCCUGGUGGAUCCACGAAAAGGUCCAGAAAAGAAGAUGUAGAUGAAGAAGAGCUUGAUCUGAGAAUGGGCUACCAGGGCGAUGGUCUGACGUGCAGCGACAUCGACGAAUGUGGCAGUGGCCUGAACAACUGCCACAAACAGGCAGACUGCACCAAUACCAUAGGCAGCUAUAACUGUGUCUGCCGCAGUGGAUACUCUGGAGAUGGUACAACCUGCGAGGACGUAGAUGAGUGUCAAAGAGACAACGGGGGUUGCCAUGAAUAUGCCCUUUGUACUAACUUUGAGGGAGGACGAAAAUGCCAGUGUAAAAGUGGCUUUAGUGGUAACGGCUUUCAGUGUACUGAUAUUAAUGAAUGCACAACACCGAAUAUUUGCCAUUGGAACGCCACCUGCACCAACACCCCAGGGUCUCACGUCUGUGCCUGUAAUCCUGGUUAUAAGGGCAAUGGAAAGUACCUAUGUCUGGAUGUAGAUGAAUGCUCAGAGACUCCAAACGUGUGUCCUUCUGGACAUGGCUACAGAGGUUGUAGAAACCUGCCUGGAUCCUACAGUUGCGUAUGCAGCCCUGGCUUUGAAAAUAUUGGAAGGAAUUGUGUGGACAUCGAUGAAUGUGCCGCUAGCACCUGCAGCCGUUUUGCAGAUUGUGAAAACAGCUUAGGGUCAUACACGUGUACUUGCAAAAGUGGCUUUGCUGGGAAUGGGCUGACAUGCGUAGACAUAAACGAAUGCAAUGGAAACAAUGCAUGUGACCCCAGGGCGGUGUGCAUCAACAGGAUGGGCAGUUAUGAGUGCUCUUGUCCAGUUGGUUUUCUUGGAAACGGAAGACAGUGUAACGACAUAAAUGAGUGUGAAAGAACUAACAUCUGUCCUUCUACCACUACCUGUGUGAACACUGGUGGCUCGUACUACUGUGACUGUGGCCGCGGCUUUUUCUUUAAUAACUCCCAGUGCACUGACGUGGAUGAGUGCGUGCCCGGCCGCUGCAGCCCCUACGCAACCUGCACGAAUUCACCUGGGUCCUUCUCUUGUCAGUGCUUGGAGGGAUACAGGGGGAACGGUUUUACCUGUGAGGAUGUGGAUGAAUGCUCGCAGGCUAAGCAGUGCCACGCCAGUGCUCUGUGCAUUAACCUUCCAGGCUCCUACAACUGUACUUGUCAGGUGGGUUAUUCUGGAGAUGGGAUACAGCAAUGCAGGGAUAUAAAUGAGUGUUUGGUGGAUAACGGAGGUUGCAGAAACAAAGCUACGUGUGUCAACAAUCAGGGAUCCUUUUCAUGCCUGUGUCAGCCUGGCUACGUCUUGAUUAACCGUACCCUUUGCCAGGAUAUAAAUGAGUGCAAGGAAUUGAAGAAUCCCUGUGGCGUGAAUGAAGAGUGCAAUAACACCGACGGGGCGUACCAGUGCCCAUGCCGGGUUGGGUACUACCGCCCUGGUAGCAACAUGAAUUGCAUCGAUAUUGAUGAGUGUAAAGACAACCCAUGUCAUGUCCAUGCCACGUGUAUCAACACGCAAGGCUCCUACACCUGCACCUGCAAGAGUGGCUUUGUAGGAAACGGCACUCAGUGCGUGGAUGCAGACGAGUGUUCUCAGAAGGAUAUAUGCCACGCACGAGCAAACUGCACUAACCUAAUAGGGAACUUCUUAUGCACUUGUCAGGAGGGUUUCAGGGGCGAUGGCUUCUUCUGUCAGGACGUGGACGAAUGCUCCAUCUCUAAUACAACCUGCCCCGCUUUCUCAACAUGUAUCAACUCGGCCGGUUCUCACGUCUGCUCAUGUUUGAAUGGUACAGUGGCCUUUAAUAACACUUGUGUGCCACCCAGCCCUCUGUGUGACCCUGCGUGCCACAGUCGCGGCCUGUGCCACCGUUCACCAACUGGAUACCAGUGCGUUUGUGACCUGGGCUACACGGGCAAUGGACUGACUUGCUCCGACAUAGACGAGUGCCAGAGGGAAAAUGUUUGUCCUCAAAAGGAAAUGGAGUGUAAAAAUAUCCCAGGAUCAUUUUCCUGCACCUGCAAACAGGGCUACACUCUCAAUGGAACUCAGUGUGUCGAAUAA